UCUACAACUGUGUGUGAAUGAAUGUUUUGGUUAAAUGUUGUUCUUUUUUCCUCAAUUAUAGAAUCUUGAGAGUAAAAUGAUCAGAUUUCUGAAGAAUGAACUGGAGAAAUUUAAGAAAAUCUUACAAGAAGAAACCAGACAAGAGUUUGUAAAGGACUAUAAUGAGAACAGAAGCAGAAUCACAGAAGCAGCUCUUGAUCUCACACUCUUCUUCCUGGGAGAGAUGAAGCAAGAUCAAGCUGCUGAUACUCUUGUAGGCGAGCUGUUCUUCAUUAAUCAGCUUAAAUGUAGCCUGAAGAAGAAAUAUCAAAGUGUGUUUGAAGGAAUUGCUCAGCAAGGAGACUCCACACUUCUGAAUAAGAUCUACACAGAUCUUUAUAUCACUCAGGGUGGGAGUGAACAGGUCAACACUGAACAUGAGAUCAGACAGAUUGAAGCUGCUUCCAGACAUCAUCAGUCGCUAGAGAUACAGGUUGAAUGCAAACAUAUGUUUGAAGCAGCUAAGCAAGAGGAGCAGAUCAGAACUGUCCUGACAAAAGGAGUUGCUGGCAUCGGGAAAUCAGUCUCUGUGCAAAAGUUUGUUCUGGAUUGGGCUGAAGGAAAAGAAAAUCAAGACAUCAGCUUCAUAUUUCCUCUUCCAUUCAGAGAGAUGAACUUAAAGGAGAAAGAAAACCAAAGUUUAAAAGACCUCAUAACUCAGUUUUUUCCAGAGACUAAAGGACUGAACCUUACAAGAAGCACACGAUUCAAAGUCCUGUUCAUCCUUGAUGGAUUGGAUGAAUGUCGUCUUCCUCUGAACUUUGCUGGUAAUGAGACGUGUUGUGAUGUAUCUUCAGCAGUCUCUCUGGAUGUUCUCCUGACGAACCUCAUCAAGGGAAAUCUGCUUCCUUCUGCUCUCAUCUGGAUCACCAGCAGACCAGCAGCUGCCAGUAAGAUUCCUGCUGACUGUAUCGACCGGCUGACAGAGAUACGAGGAUUCAAUGAUGCCCAAAAGGAGGAGUACUUCAGAAAGAGACUCACAGAUCAGAAUCAGGCCAAAGAAAUCAUUGAGCACAUUAAACAGUCAAAGAGUCUCUUUAUUAUGUGCCACAUCCCAGUCUUCUGCUGGAUUUCAGCCACUGUUCUCCAGAACAUUUUGAAGGAGAACAGAAAUACUGAACUGAAACACAGGGCUAAUGCUGAAACACUCCUGGAAUCUCCCAAGACUCUGACACAGAUGUACACACACUUUCUCCGCUUUCAGAUCCAGCAGAGCAGAAGAAAGUAUGAUGGAGAAAACACACCAGAUGUCUCCUGGGAUCCAAACCUCAUCCUUUCACUGGGGAAACUGGCCUUCCAGCAGCUGGAAAGAAACAAUGUGAUCUUCUAUGAGAGCGAUCUGAAAGACUGUGGCAUUGACGUCUAUAAGGCAUCGGUGUACUCAGGCAUGUGUACCCAGAUCUUUAAGGAGGAGACGGGGAUCAUUCUUGGUACCAUGUACUGCUUUCUUCACUUGAGCAUUCAGGAGUUCAUUGCAGCCCUUUAUCAACAUCUGUUUCUAGACAGCGACAUGAAGCAUGGAUGGCUUUUUAUACAGAAAAGCAAAGCUAAAUGUAUGAUUGAUUUGCUGAAGACUGCAGUGGACAAGGCUCUGGAAAGUGAGAAUGGACAUCUGGACCUUUACCUUCGCUUCCUUCUCGGUCUGUCACUCCAGUCCAAUCAACAACUCUUACGAGGCCUGUUGACACAGCAGGAUGACAGAGACCAGAGCAAAGAGGAAAUAAUUGCAUACAUCAAGAAGAAACUUGAAGGGAAUCUGUCUCCAGAGAGAUCCAUCAAUCUGCUCUACUGUCUGAAUGAACUGAACGAUCAAACUCUGCUGAAAGAGAUUCAGUCUCACCUCAGUAGAGGAAGUCUGUCAUCUGCUCGCCUUUCACCUGCCCAGUGGUCUGCUGUGGCCUUUGUGUUAAUGACCUCAGAGGAGCUGGAGGAGUUUGAGCUUCAGAAAUUCCAGAGAUCAGACGAGUGUCUCAUCAGACUAUCAGCAGUCAUCAAAUCCUCCAAAAGAGCUCAGCUACAGUGCUGUAAUCUCACUGUUCGGUGCUGUGAGAGUUUGUCUUCAGCUCUACAAUCCUCAGACUGUGUCCUGAAAGAGCUGGACCUGAGUAACAAUGACCUGCAGGAUUCAGGAGUGAAGCUUCUCUCUGAUGGACUGAAGAGUCAACACUGUAAACUGGAGACACUGAGAUUGUCUGGCUGUAUGGUGACAGAGGAAGGCUGUGGUUUUCUGUCUUCAGCUCUGACUUCAAACCCCUCACACCUGAGAGAGCUGGAUCUGAGCUACAAUCAUCCAGGAGAUUCAGGAGUCAAGCUGCUCUCUGAACAACUGGAGGAUCCAAACUACACACUGGACAAACUCAAUCUGGAUCAUGGAGGAGACGCGAGGAUUACAGCAGGACCACGCAAAUGUCUGUAUAACGGAUCCAAGCCCGGUAUCUUGGCGCUCCCUUCCCAGCCCUCCACCAACGCUGAACCAGAAAUCACAGAGCUAUUAUAGAAAGAGAUCGACAAUAAAUUCAUGUUCGAUCCCCUCAUUCUUGCUGCUUCGUCAAUCACAUUCACAUUAGCCUACUGAAAUGGGAUUUAGAACGUUUCUAAAAACAUCUAAUAACGGAUCUUUCAUCUUCUCAUAAUUCCGCCUUUUUCAGCAUUAUUCAUCACGCCGAACGAAGAUGCCUUAAAUUACCACGCCAUAAACCAAGCAAUCUCUUAAUUAAUCUAGUCUGCUGCAAAGCUUGGCUCGCAGUCGACAUCACCCCCGCCUUUUAAGUCAUUCCUGAUCUCUGGUAUCUCCGAUUCUGGCAUUAAUCAGACAUUACAAUUCUACUUCGCAGUCUGUCUAACAUUCGGACGCAGAAGUAACCACAUUUAUACUUCAGAAACUAUUUGCAGGAUUCUCGCAAUAACUAUGGCGUUCGCACGUAGUUCAUCUACUAGAUGUUUACAUGUAUCUCUUAGUGACAGAGAUAUAAGUUCUGAAGAUAUAAUAUAUCUGAAGAUAUAAGAACUUAGUGACAAGUCUUUCUAAUAUUGGCAUUUCCAUCGUGGAAGAACCUCCGGCUCAAGCACUUCUAUAAAAAUUCCUAAGCAUCAAUUUGGAUUCGCAGAAUUGCAUACAUACAUCCAUACCUAAAUAAAUCGACUGAAAUUUAGUUCCCUUCUAUUUUCUUGAAGAGAAAGAUUGCGCUAAGCACAAACUGUCCAUCUUAGGACAUCAAAACUCACACGCGCAUUAUCCUGCAGAGACGCCUUUUCGUCACUCACCUCCUUCAUCUCGCAGCAACAUAUCCCCGGAUUAGAUGAGAAUAUAUCUCUAUCCGAUCUCGGCCAUAACAACUCGGCCUGAAGGGCGUCCCGCACCGGAGGCACCGCUCAGCGCGGCGACGGGGUGCGCACAAAUACAGGGGUUAUGCUAAUGCACACCAGACACGCAAAUUCAUAUGUUAUUAAACUAAACUAUUCACAUAGCGCUCCGCGGCGCGGCAGAAUACAAAUAGAGUCCCGAAUUGUGACUAGGCACUGCGGACACUGAUAUAACAUAUGUUUAGAAUUCCAAAUGCAUGGCGCAACGCUGCACGUCACCGAACAGCGCUUAAGGCGUGCGACCGGCUUAUGCUUUCCUUCAUAAGCGCUGGAAUUGCUGCCCACUCAUUUAUAAACGAUCCAAUUUCAUCCUCAGUACAUAUCUUAAUAUCUCAGUACAGACGCCGCCCCCUCAGUAGGCUUAGAGGGACGUUAUCAGGUCUGCCGACGCGCUACCAACGGACCAUAUCACGGAGAAAUUAAUCCUCCAAGAUUCUCAUUUACUGUUACAAUGAAGCCGCUGUCCACUGCACUAACAAAGGCGUUAUCAUUAUCAUGCUUUAAGGCUGCUUCUCCAUCUCUUUAUUUGGACUUUAGCAAAAAAAAAAUAAAAUAAAUAAAUAAAUAAAAAAAAAAUAAAAAAAAUAAAUAAUAAUAAUUUAUAACUGUUGUACAUGUUCCUAUAAGGAAAUUGCUGAUCCCCUUUCUUGCCUUUUGUUUCUAGAAACUAGUACCAGAAGCAGAGCCGCACCUGACCUCAUCCCUCCUUUGAAGAUGACAUUCCCACAUACAUGAUUUGCACUAACACCCAUAAAUAUAUUUUAGGAAGUAACCCCAGAACAUCUCAAUAGUUCCUCACUACAGAACACAUCCAAACAUUUAAUUCCCCACACAACACUUCAUUCCCGUUUGCCCCCGCAAACAAUCAGUCUAUUCAUCAUAUACUUGCAUUCACACAAACAAUUUAAGCCAAUUCUAUCAAGAGUUAUUUAAAUGGAAUUAAAAAAAAUAUAUAAAAAAUUUCACAAGCUUUGUAUGGCUCCAUUUAUGAUUCUAUUGCUAAUUCACAACCGACCUUAUUAAAGGCAUCCCACCCUCCCAGACAUUAGACUGCCCAUCUCGCCCUACAUACUCUCCAAUGCAUUUCCACACUCAGAAAGGAUACCUAUCCUUGCAUACAGACCACACUCUAGAUGCUAUGUUUAUUCUAGCCUUUUUCGGGUUUUUCAGACGUUCCGAAUUUACAGUACUUCUAACUUCGAUCCCUUUAUUCACCCCACCAUCGCAGAUCUGACAUUGAUUGACGAGGAAACAAUUUCCUUCCUCAUCAAGCAAAGUAUAACAGAUCAAUCCAGAAAGGGACACUGCAUCUACAUAUUUAAUAUCCCCUCCCCCACAAGCCCAUUCCAAACACUCCUAGCUUACAUACAAUAUAGGAAAACACUAAGCUUAAGUCCCCUAGCCCCCCUUUUCAUAGACGACGCACACCACUCAGUGACACGUUUUUUUUUUGGUUCCAAAAAACACCUCAAAGCAGUCCUCCACCAUUCAGGCUUCCCACCAGGAUCAUACCCCAAUCACUCAUUCAGAAUAGGAGCCGCCACCACAGCUGCACACAAAGGGCUAUCUCAACAACACAUACAAACACUAGGAAGGUGGUCUUCGGACGCCUUCAAAUCUUACAUUCGACUCAGCCACAGCUAUCUAAAGGAAGCCCAAAGGACCCUCACCAGCAAACCACUUAAACCCAGCGGCCAAGAGCACGAGCCCAAUCCAGGGAUAAGACAAGACACAGCCAUCCCGGCUUCCAGAGGGCGGAGGAGCUACUCAGCCACCCAAGGGCGCGGGCACGACCCAGCCACCUAACCCUUCUUUCUUCCUUCUGGCUCUGAGUCGUACUCAGCUUUCUCUCCCUAUUCACUCACCUAACUCCAGCAGGAGUUUUUUCCUGCCCAGGCCCCCCCUGUCACCCCCGCCCCCCCUGGCCGCUGCCACAGAAGUCUUCACCACCCCUCCACCUUUCCCUGACUUCUGUAGGACCCUGCCCCCCCUAUGGCUCUGACUUCCGCAGUGUUACCCCGAGCUUCGGUUCCCGCAGGAAUCAUCUCACAGCCCCUCCCCCAACCCUAGCUUUUACAUAUUAUAAGUUAUUUUAACAAUGACAUAUAAUAUUGCCUUUAUUUUUCUCUCUGUUUGAUUUUAUUUAUAUAAAUUCAUAUCUAUAUGCACCCACGCAUAUAAAUAUUAAUUUAUAUAUAGCGCUGCCACCAUCACGCUCUGUUCCCGCAGGAACACCCCCAGAGCACCAAUUCUGCCCGUCACCCUCCAGCAGGAGUCUUCACCUCCCCCUCAUCUCUCCCGACUCCUACUGGAGCUGGCCAAAAUAGCUCAACCAACCCCGAGCUGUGACACGAGCACGAGUCACGUCACUGACCCUCCCCGGCCCUAGCUUAUUUUAUUUUCUUAUACAUUUAUUUUACACAUUUACCUUUCAUUUAUUUUAUUUCAUUUAUAUAUAUGUAUAUAUAUAAGCACCCACGCAUAUAAAUAUACAUUUAUAUAUAGUGCCGUCACCCUCAAGCUCUAACUCCCGCAGGAGUGGUCCCGAGCAUCGACCCCCGCAGGGGUCAUCGCCCAACUGCCAUUCACCCUUCAGCUGGGGCCUUCACCUGCCCUUCCUCUUCCCGACUCCAGCUGGAGAUGGCACAUACAGCUCUAUCUCCCGCAGGAGUGUCCAGGAGCUUCGACUCCCGCAGGAGUCCAAAAAAUAGCCCCCCCCCCAAGGCACUAGAUUACCCCAUUAUAUAUUUAUAUAUCUAUAUAUUUUCAUAUAUACAUAUAUAUUAUAUAUAGCGCAGCCACCUCCCAGCUCUAUCUCCGCAAGAAGUGUUCCUUGAGCAAUCCACUCCUUUGGAGUCCAUGCCCCACCCCAGCCCCUUCACCCCCCCUUAUCCAGCUGGAGUCCUCACUUCCCCUUCCCCAUUUUUAACUACUCCAGCAGGAUUCCUGUCCAUCCCAUGGCUCUAACCCCCGCAGGGGUCUCCCCGAGUCUCUACUCCCGCAGGAGUAUUCAUAGCCCACGCCAACCCUGCUCGGGCUCCCGCAGGAGUCUGUAUCACCCUUUGCUCCCACAGGAGCCCCCUUUACCUUUCUUUCUGUAAAACCACUAUAUCCAGCAGCCGGAUAUAGCCUUCCAAGCCUUUUGGGGAGUUUCUUCGAAUACACGGCUGCUGUCCCGAGUCUCCUGCAUUUGGGGAGCUCUCGAGAACCACCUGAUCUCGUACUCCCCUCAUAUGCUCUAUGGACCAGGCGGGAGCCCUGGGCUCACCUAUCUCCGAGCUCAGGGUUCUCUCCCGGGACAGCAUGCCAAACUUGCUAACAGUUGUCAAACAAUAUCUAAGUGUGAACUCUUGAAGUGAAGUUUUCAAACUAAUUUCGAGAGGAGCACGUGAUAUGAUUGACUGCAGCUGGCCACUCAUCUACAUUCACUAGUUAGCCAAUCAGAUUAACCCCAACUCACUAUAAGUAGCCUAGCUAGAACUACUCUCUUAUCUUCGUUUUCCGAAGAAACCCCCCAUCCACCCCUUCUCCUCCUUUUUUCUUUUACCACGGGGAGCUCUCGAGAACCACCUGAUCUCGUACUCCCCUCAUAUGCUCUACGGACCAGGCGGGAGCCCUGGGCUCACCUAUCUCCGAGCUCAGGGUUCUCUCCCGGGACAGCAUGCCAAACUUGCUAACAGUUGUCAAACAAUAUCUAAGUGUGAACUCUUGAAACAUUCACAACAUCAUCUUUUCCCUCCUCAGGCAUUAAAGCCUUUAUAUUAUUUUCUCUUUUAUUCUUAUUUGGACAGCCAUUAUUCUCAACCCCGUAACGGACUAAACUGAGUUGCUAAUAUUAGUAUUUCACAAAGCUUUCGCUAUAAAACCAACAUUUCCCUGUUGCUCAUAUGUCCCUCAAAUCAGUUUAAUGGCUAAAAUAUCACAUUUCUGAGGAGUUUUAGAUUUAGAUGUGAUUUAAGUUACAAUUAUACAACUCCUGCAUUCUGUGCUCUCUUCAUUUUUCUAAAAAGUUUUACAUUUAGAUGUCUUACCCAAACCACAUAUUCACAAUGGUAGGCCUUAACAUGGUGGUUGGUACUCAGCAAGAAGUUUUUCUAUAUUUAAUUGUUUCCCAAUAUGAAUGUCACAGGGUCGAGAAUACAGUGACAGGGUUGAAGACUGUAACAGGGUUGAGGGGUGUGGUGCCUGAUUGGUCUUAUGACAUUGAUCGUAAGAGACACAAAAAAUCAAUGAUGUAUUCUGAUAUCCCGAUGCGUAACAGCACAACUCUUAAUGAGGAAACCAAGCGUAAGAGAAAGGAGAGGCGCCUCAGCAAGAGGGCGCGCAGGACCAACAAACCAACUGAAGGAACUCUAACUAACCUCGCUGCUCAGUUUAAACACAUAACUCUUAGUGCAUGAAUGUGAAGGCACACUACCUAUGAAGGCUGAGAAUGUAACUGCCAAAUAAUUGACUUAUACUCGGAUGACUAUGUAUCUGUCUUCCCGGGGGAUUUUCCCACUGUUCAAAUGAUAUUUGCUCUUUGAAUGUGGAAUUUAAUUAAGAUGUGCACCUGUGUUUAUGAUUGAUCUAUGCUGUUUCUGAACAUUGUUCAUGGGACCUGUCUCCCAACACGGUCCCAGCGUCGAUCGUUAUCUAUGCAUGAUGAGUAUAAAAGCUGAAAUGUAUAAACCAGCUUUGCGCUUUCUGACUUCUGUAUACUGGAUGUCUUAGGCCCUUUAUUCUCAACGGAGGAUAAAGUAAGGAUUUUGUUUCUGUUAUAUGUCUUUUGUUUAUUCUACUUUUUCACUGGAUUUUAUUUUAUUAAUAAAAAUGUAUUUUAUUACUUA